AAGAGAGAAAACGACCGUUCUAAUCAGUUUUAAACGUUAAAUCCGAAGAGAAUUACUAGAAAGUCCCUCAACGUAUUUAAACAAAGUACUAUACGUAGUGAAAAAAAGUGAACUGCAAUAAGACAUAUAAUACUUACGUGUCAAUUGAAAGUGUACCACUCACUACAGUGAAAAUGUCGAUUGUGCCGAUUUUCUUCCGCAACAUUGGUCGCCCGGUGUGGAGUUCUCGGUUGUUGGAUAAUCACUUAGCUGGUAGAGUGAUGGUAAACGAUAUUUUUGACAUCAUGGCAUCCGUAGUUGAUAGCAUCCACGACCAGCACCGUGUGGCUGAAGACAAACGCCCUUUGCACAGACCAUACAUCAUCCAACAGGACAGCGGCUCUACGCUGAAUGCCACACGCAAUAAGUUCCAGAUAAACUUGGACGUGCAGCAGUUCACUCCGGAGGAGAUCUCGGUGAAGUACAUUGACAAAUGCAUCGUUGUGGAGGGCAAACACAAAGAGAAGGAAGAUGAGCAUGGUUUCAUCACGAGGAGCUUUGUACGGCGCUACAUGCUUCCAAACGAUCACAAUGAGAAGGAUAUCGUGUCAUCGCUUUCAUCGGACGGAAUCCUUACCAUCACGUGUCCUAACAAGGAGCUCGAAGAGAAGACGGAGCGUGCCAUUCCGAUUACGCACACCGGACAACCGAUGAAGAAGGUCGUCGACAAUCCAGUCAAAGAAAACGGAGAAGCUAAAAAAGAAGGGGAGAAAAUUGAGUCUUGAGUAGUCCGUUACAAUGUUAACAUUAUGUUAAAUUUUGAAUGUAAGAAAAUAUAAAUCAAAUUGUAUCAUUCAA